CCUUGGUCGGGUGGACUAUAAAAUAGAGGAAAAGCCAGUCUUUUGAUUUUCUCUCAUUUCAUUUUCUUGAGAGAAAGUGGAGGCUGAUAGCCAUAGGCUUCACCAAAAAAGCUCUCAUUUUUCACUCUCCCUGCUCAAUAAUCAUGAAAAUACUUUCAUGGGGUUGAAGUUUUCUUGGCAAUGCAGUGAAGUUAUAAUAUGGGGAAGAAGAGUGAGUUAGGAAGGAAAGAGAUAUUGGAAUUGAGUCAUGGGCGGCUUAGGUUUUGAGGGAAAGGAAAAUAUUAACAAAAGUUUGGAUUUUGGUGAAGUGUGGAUAAAGAAGCAUGAAGCUUUCAACAUCAGAGUUGGGUCAGCAGGCUCAAGAAGAAUUCCUUUGAUAUAUCUCGUUCAGCUUGUCCUUGUCGUUGAAACUUUUGUCGCCUCAAGGGAGAAGAAGUUCUUGAAUUCUGAGCUAUGGCAUGCUUGUGCUGGCCCUUUAGUGUCGUUGCCAACAGUUGGGACUCGUGUGGUUUACUUCCCUCAGGGUCACAGUGAGCAGGUUUCUGCAACAACUAGUAAAGAAGUGGAUGCCCACAUACCAAAUUACCCCAGCUUGUCGCCCCAAUUAAUCUGUCAACUCCACAAUGUUACUAUGCAUGCAGAUGUUGAAACUGAUGAAGUAUAUGCUCAGAUGACAUUGCAGCCUCUGACUCCGCAAGAACAAAAAGACACAUGUCUCCCAGUGGAGCUGGGAUUUCCUAGCAGGCAACCAACCAAUUACUUUUGCAAGACUCUCACUGCAAGUGAUACUAGUACGCAUGGAGGUUUCUCUGUUCCUCGUCGUGCUGCAGAGAGAGUUUUUCCACCCCUGGAUUUCUCACAAACACCGCCUGCUCAAGAACUUAUGGCAAGAGAUCUCCAUGAUGUCGAAUGGAAGUUCAGGCAUAUUUUUCGGGGCCAGCCCAAGCGUCAUUUGCUCACCACCGGCUGGAGUGUCUUUGUCAGUGCCAAACGUCUUGUUGCUGGCGAUUCCAUUUUAUUUAUCUGGAAUGAGAAAAAUCAGCUCCUAUUGGGCAUUCGUCGUGCCACUCGACCUCAAACUGUGAUGCCGUCCUCUGUUCUUUCAAGUGACAGUAUGCACAUCGGACUACUUGCUGCAGCAGCUCAUGCUGCUGCAACCAAUAGCUGCUUCACUGUUUUCUAUAACCCCAGGGCUAGUCCGUCUGAGUUCAUCAUACCACUUUCAAAGUAUGCCAAAGCUGUGUAUCAUACACGCAUUUCAGUUGGAAUGCGUUUCCGCAUGCUGUUUGAAACUGAAGAAUCUAGUGUUCGCAGAUACAUGGGUACCAUUAGCAUCACAUUUUAUCCCCACAUGCCAAAUCCAAAGCCGUUGGUCUCUGUUAAGGUUGGUUGGGAUGAAUCGACAGCAGGUGAGAGGCAACCAAGGGUAUCAUUAUGGGAAAUCGAGCCUUUGACAACGUUUCCUAUGUAUCCUUCACUGUUUCCUCUCAGAUUAAAAAGGCCCUGGUAUCCUGGCGUUUCAUCAUAUCAAGAUGCUGGCUCUGAAGCAAUCAAUGGCAUGCCGUGGUUAAGAGGCGAAGCUGGUGAGGUAGGUUUUAAUUCCAUAAACUUUCAGUCUGUCGGAGUGUUACCUUGGAUGCAGCAGAGGUACGAACCGACAGCCUCAAGAAACGAUCUCAACCAGCAAUAUCAGGCCAUAAUGGCUGCCGGGCAGUUUCAGCAGCAGCCCGUCGCCUAUCUUCAACACUCAGGAAGCCACAAUCCUCAAACACAGCAGCAUCAUAUAAUCCAGCCAUCAGUUCCUCUUCAAACCCAAAUGCUGUCGGAUAAUAUGCAGAAGCCGAUGCCACAGCAAGCUGACAACCAAUCUAAAGACAAUCAUCAAACUUAUCCGGAAGCGUAUUUAGUGAGGCACCCGUUAGAUAUCCCUUCCCCUUCAUUUACAAAACCAGAAUUCUCAAACUCAGCAGCACCUAUGGCUCAUCCUUGUGUGCAAAAUAUGUUGGGUUCACUUUGUCCCGAAGGAAGCAGUGGCAAUCUUUUAAAUCUAUCGGGAGCUGGCCAGGCCACGCUUGAUGAGCAGUCGCCCCAGCAUUCCUGGGUGGCAAAAUAUACUGGAAAAGAUGCUUCCUUGGAACAAGAAAACUGCGGCUUAGAUGUGCAGAAUCACUCUCUCUUCGGAGCCAGUAUCGACUCCGGUCUCCUGUUGCCCACUACUGUCUCCAGAGUCGCUACUGCCUCGGUUCCAGCAGAUAUGUUCCCUAUGGGGUUAGGGUCGUCCGGGUUCCAGAACUCUGUAUACGACUACGUGCAAGAUUCUUCCAACUUGUUGCAGAACACAGGACAAGUGGACCAACCAGCGCCCGAUGGAACCUAUGUGAAGGUGUAUAAAACAGGAUCUGUUGGUAGGUCAGUGGAUAUCGGCCGUUUCAGCAGCUACGAGGAGCUAAGGCAGGAACUUGGUCAGAUGUUCGGGGUUGAAGGGUUGGUUGAAGAUCCUCAGAGAUCAGGCUGGCAGCUUGUAUUCGUAGACAGGGAGAACGACAUUCUUCUCCUUGGAGACGACCCGUGGGAGGCGUUUGUGAACAAUGUGUGGUACAUAAAGAUCCUUUCACCUCAAGAUGUAGUCAAGCUUGGGAAGCAAGAAGGCGAGUCCUUGAAUGCUGGUUCAGUUGAGAGGGAUGCUCACAAUCUUCAUUACUGAUUGAGUUUCUCUGUUUCUCUCCUUCAAUGCACAACUUAUGUAGUAUCGACGAUAUCUACCUAUUUUGCUAGAUUUGAUACAUUGCUGUUGUAUGCAACCAUUGACCACUCUUUUGAUUGAUAUGAUGAUGGAAGGAAACUAAUCUCAUGAA